AUGGACCAGCCAUAUGAUAAGUCCACCUACCAGAUUUUGAGGCCGGUUUGUAUGCAGGACAUAGUUGUCUCCAUAAACAAGUUCGGAGUUGCAGUAGGAGCAAAUCAAGUGCCAGAAUACAGCAUGGAUCUGGUGAACAACAAGUUCAAGGGCCCAGGCAGUGAGCCUGUGCAUGGCCCAUUGAUCAGAGACACUACCAUGUAUGAUGCAAAAAGUUGGCCAGAGAUCACCGAGCAUCAUAGAUACUUGCCAACACAUCCUCAAGCUUUUGGCUUGAUGUUUGUGCUGUUCAGCGAGGUGUUUGCUGGGGUGUUUGGGACAUGA